AUGGGUAGCCUCUCCUUACUUCUGCUCGGCACCGCCGUUGUUGGUGCUCUCCUGUGCUGCCUCUUGUCUUUUCUCUCCCUGAGCCGACGGAGUCUCCCGCUGCCUCCAGGUCCCAAGGGGUGGCCCAUCCUAGGGAACCUCCACCAGCUCGGCGGAAAGCCCCAUCAGACACUGGCGGCGCUGUCGCGCAAGUACGGACCCCUGCUCAGCCUGCGCUUCGGCAGCGUGCAAGCCGUGGUGGCCUCCUCCGCCUCCAUAGCCGCCGCGUUCCUGAAGACCCACGACGCAAACUUCGCCAACCGGCCACCCAACUCCGGCGCGGAGCAUGUGGCCUACAAUUACCGCGACAUGGUGUUUGCACCGUACGGGCCGCUGUGGCGCACGCUGCGCAAGAUCUCUUCCGUCCACCUCUUCUCCGUGAAGGCGCUGGAGAACUUCCGACACGUACGAGAGGAGGAGGCGGCGCAGCUGGCUCGGGCCCUGCUGUCGCGUGGCGAGGGCGGCGGUAUGGCGAACCUGGGCGAGGAGGUGAACGUGUGCGCGGUGAACGCCCUGUCGAGAGCGAUGAUGGGAAGACGGGUGUUUGGAAGCGUGCUGGGGAAGGAGGCGGAAGAGUUUAAGAAGAUGGUGGUGGAGCUGAUGCAGCUGGCGGGGGUCUUUAACGUCGGAGACUUCGUGCCGUGUUUGUCGUGGCUGGACCUGCAGGGUGUCGUCUCGCGGAUGAAGUCUCUGCACAGCCGCUACGAUGGCAUGCUCAACGGGAUCAUCAAGGCGCACGAGGCCACCGUGGGGAUCGGCGGUGAUAACGACGUCCGCAAGGACUUGCUCAGCGUCAUGAUGACUAUGCGGGGCCAGGCCGUUGACGAAGACGGCGGCAUCAUCUCCAACACCGAGAUCAAAGCCCUCCUUCUGGUACAUCCCCACCCCCCCUCUCUCUCUCUCUCUCUCUCUCUCUCUCUCUCUUUCUCUCUGUAUGUGUCUAUCUAUGAAUCAACCUCCGUUGCUGCAGAACCUGUUCACUGCGGGAACGGACACGACGUCGAGCACGGUGGAGUGGGCAUUGGCGGAGCUCAUCCGCCACCCGAGGAUCCUGAAAGCGGCCCAGGAGGAGAUCGACGCGGUGGUGGGAAAGGGCCGGCUGGUGGCGGACUCGGACCUCGGAAGCCUCCCCUUCCUGCGGGCCGUUGUGAAGGAGGUCUUCCGGAUGCACCCCUCCACGCCUCUCUCGCUCCCUCGCAUGGCAGCGGAGAGCUGCGAGAUCGAGGGGUACCACAUCCCCAAGGGUGCAACCCUACUGGUCAACGUGUGGGCCAUCUCCCGGGACCCCGCGGUCUGGCCCAGUCCGCUCGAGUUCCGCCCCGAGCGGUUCCUCCCCGGCGGCGACCACGCCCACGCCGACGUGAAGGGGACCGACUUCGAAGUCAUCCCCUUCGGCGCGGGGCGGCGGAUCUGCGCCGGGAUGAGGCUCGGCCUGCGGAUGGUCGAGUUCCUGACAGCGACUCUGGUUCACGCCUUCGACUGGGAGCUGCCGCCGGGGGAGAGACCGGAGAAGCUCGACAUGGAGGAGGCUUACGGGCUCACCUUGCAGCGGGCGGUCCCCCUGCGCGUCCGCCCCGUGCCCAGGCUAGACCUCGACGCCUACUCCGCCGCGAAAUGA